AUGGCGAUGAAGAAGCUUGAGUUCCUAUGGUUACCUUACAGUUCAACCGGUUGUCGUUGCAGUGAAAAGUUUACCAACUCCAUAACUGUUGGUAACGAAGACGCCUGUGACAAUACCUGCUGCACCAUCGGACCAACCGGUCACCCAGACGGGAAUGUCUACAACAAGCCGCUGGCGCCAAACACCAAGUACACAGUCACAGUUCGAGCGUUCAGUACGUGUUCAAACGGGAGGCGUAGAAGGCAGACAGCAUCUGGAUCCGAUACGUUCACCUCCAGUCAAUUCAUUCCACCCCAGCAAACAGGUGGUAAUGAUGAUGGUGGUGGUGGCCCGGGAGCUACUGGACCGGUGGUCGGAGCUAUCGUGGGUGUGAUUGUUGUUGCAGCCAUAGUAGCGGGAAUCAUCGUUGCAAGGAGAAAGGGACUGUUCCAGAACAAGAGGGAUUCUAUGGGUGGAUCAUCAACAUCAUCGGCUCGUGGGGCCGACAACCUUGCUCAGCUGGAAAACUUGGCCCCAGAUCAGGACCCGGAUCAUGCAAAACCACCAAUAGCACCUAGGAAACCAGAGCCUAAAAAGACCGGAGUGGCUGCAAAACCUACAGCGGCCUCAGCGUCUGCCCGAGACUAUCGCCAGCCUGUUCCAGUGGGAAGUCUGGAGCAGGUGUUUGCCAAGAGACACGCAAACGACGAUCAACUGUUCACUGAGGAAUACAAGGCACUUCCGGGAGAUCUUGGAAUGGCACAUGCGAAGGCGUACUUAAAGAAAGCAAACGGCGAGAAGAACAGGUUCAAGAACGUGAUCGCAUACGACAAUGACAGAGUGGUGCUCACCCCGGUCGAGGGAGAUCCUGACUCGGACUACAUACACGCGUCCUACAUUGGCGGAUACGAUGAGGAGAGGAAGUUUAUCGCGGCCCAAGGUCCGAAACCAAACACUAUUCACGACUUCUGGAGGAUGAUGUGGGAGACCGGGUCUACUGUUAUCGUCAUGGUUACCAACUUGGAGGAGAAGGGCAAGACCAAGUGUACCCAGUACUGGCCUGAAUCCGGUGAGGAGGUUUAUGGCAAGAUCAGCGUGACUCUGGCAGACACUAUCCCGAUGGUCUACUACGUCACCAGGGUCUUACUCGUGUCAAAAGGAGACGAAAAGCAGCGGAAGAUCACACAGUUCCAGUUUUUGGGGUGGCCCGACUUCGGAGCCCCGAGGAACCCCGCCGAGCUGCUUAAGUUCCACCAGAAGGUCAUGACCUCCAUCACGUCACGUGACCGCCCCAUCGUUGUGCACUGCAGUGCCGGUGUUGGCCGUACCGGAACUUUCAUCACCAUGGACGCCAUGUUGUCGAUGAUGGCGGAGGAGGGGAAGGUAGAUGUGUUCGGGUUUGUGUCCAAGACUCGACAGAGCCGGAGUCAGAUGGUUCAAGCGGAGGCCCAGUAUGUGUUCAUCUACCGCGCCUUGAUGGAACAGCACUUGUACGGAGACACGGAGAUAGAGGUGACCAGCAUCCACCGUCAUCUUCAGAACCUCAAGCGGGAGGACCAGGUUUCCCACAAGACCGGGCUGGAGCAGGAGUUUGAGAAACUCACGAGGGUCCCAGUUGACAAGGCGAACAUGCGCAACGGCAACCUGCCCGAGAACAUCUCUAAGAACAGGGUGCUGCAGGUCCUGCCCUAUGACACGUCUCGAGUUUUCCUGCAGCACAAGACAGGUGUGACAGGCUCAGACUACAUCAAUGCAUCCUUCAUCGAUGGCUACCGUGAGAGGGAUGCAUACAUCGCUACCCAGGGCCCGCUGGACCGGACUGUGGAGGACUUCUGGAGGAUGGUGUGGGAGUGGAACUCCUGCUCUAUCGUCAUGCUCACCGAACUGCAGGAGAAAGACCGAAGCACAUGUGCACGGUACUGGCCGGAGGAGGGGUCAAAGGCGUACGGUGACCUUAUCGUCAAGCUUGAUGACCAGAAUGAGUUUGGGGACUUCACACACCGCACAUUCACACUGGAGAAUAGAAAGGGUGAAAAGAGUCGCAAUGUUCACCAGUUUCACUUCCACUGCUGGCCUGAGCACGGUGCGCCUGACAACGCGGCUGGAAUCAUCGAUCUGAUUGGUCAGGUUCAAAAGCAACAACAGCUUUCUGGCAACGGACCAAUCACCAUCCACUGCAGUUCUGGCGCAGGCCGAACGGGGACGUUCUGCGCCAUCAGCACAGUUCUGGAGCGGGUGAAGACAGAAGGAAACUGUGACGUCUUCCAAACUGUCAAGGCUCUCCGGCAGCAGCGCCCCCACAUGGUGCAGACCAUUGAUCAGUACCAGUUCUGCUACCAGGCCGUUGUGGAGUAUCUGGACAGUUUUGAUCACUACUCAAACUUUGCCUAGAUAUUCUAGAUGUAGAGAAAUUACAAUCAUGUUCACAAUGUCCAUAGCAAAAGUUGUGGUAUAUGUUAGAAUGGAAUUUUAUCUGUGAUAGUACAUACUUGAAGUUUUUUCUAUUAGGCCACUGGAAGUGAAUUCAAUGGAUGACAUGAUUUGCGGACGGCAAAAGUUUAAAUUUUGAAAAAAGAUACUAUGAACGUUGUUACAAGAAAUUAAAAUACAAAACAUAAUAUCACAGCCAUUCAUUCCUGACGUGAAAAUCUAUAGGUGCACUCCUGUAGUAAAAUGACACUAGAGUGGUAUAUUGGCACCACGUUGGAAACGUACUCAUGACUUCCAUAUUGGCUACAUUGUAGUCUCUACCAGACUCCGGAUCGCUUGAAAAAUCGUAGAAAUUGAACAAAUAGAGGAGUAAGCCG